AUGUUACCAACUUUAUCAGUAUCAACCAAUGCAACAACCGAAGAGGUUGAUCAAUGCAAUGUCUUUGUGAAGUUCCUUCCAAGUGAAUAUACUGAGAAGGAAUUGUAUAACUUAUUUGAUCAUUGUGGUCAAAUAGUAAAUACAAAGGUGAUGGUUAAUACAAAGACUGGACAAAGUCUUGGAUAUGGCUUUGUAAGGUUCUCUUCACCGACCGAGGCCUCAGACGCCAUCCAAAGAAUGAAUAGAUACCAACUAGGCAACAAGACAUUGUUGUGCAAAUUGUCCAAACCAAUACAAAUCGCCAACAUUUCGACCGACUCUUUGAGUGGCCAACCCAGUGUCGAGGACCAAGAGAUUGGUGAACCAUGUCCAACUAUAUUCCUUCGUGUACUCUCCCCUACUAUUACCAACGCACAACUUAGAGCUGCUUUUGAACGAUUCGGUGAGAUCAUCGAGUGCCAAGUACACACCAAUCCCAUCUCUGGCAAGUCCAAGCGUUCUGGCAUGGUACGCUACGCAUCCACAGAAGAGGCAACCUAUGCACUCGAGCGAAUGAAGAAUACCAUGCUUCUUGGAGAUACUCCAUUGAUUGUUAAAUAUGGAAAGGUCCUCUACUCACCAAGAGACUCAUCUUCCACCUCUUCCUCCUCUUCCUCUUUUUCCUCAGUCUCCGCCUCCGCUUUUUCCACAACUUCCGCCUCUUCUCCAUCUACUUUUUCCUCUCCUUCCUCCGCGCUCUCCCCAAACAUUCGAGGCCACAGCCUUGAUAUCUCCGCUGUAUCCCCAUCCAUCCACUCCCAACAACAUCAACAUCAACACUCACCUCUUCAAUCACCACCUCCUCAACCUCCAACCCAAAUAGUAUACAUGUACCCUUCCACAAUUGACCAAUCUGCGCCAGUCCACGCCACCUCACCAUCGCCAUACUACAUUCAACAUCCGCAUCAACAUCCAGCAGCCAUACCAAUGGUCUACGGAGGCAUGCCAGCCGGUACUAUGGCCGCAUAUGGCCAUGAGAACUAUGGUCCACACUAUGUGGCACCUUAUGACUCUCCGCCUCGUGCCGCGCCAGCAGUAUCAUACGCAUCGGCCUAUCCAUCAUACCACCACUCGCAUCACUACUAUCAUCAUCACCAACAAACAUCAACGCCAGCAUCCUACUAUCCAAUGACCUCAAUGGAGAGUCAUCAAGCAUCCAACGAUAACGCCACACUUGUAGUCACAUGCCAAAGUGAAGUCAACUUCUCCGAUUUAUACAAAGCAUUCUCCAAAUAUGGCUCGCUCCAGAGCUUAAAGAUACAGAAGGGCCAGGACAAUGCCAGAGGAGUCACACACUGUCUAAUAAGCUAUGUGGAUCCGGACGAUGCUAUCAACGCCAAGCACUUCCUGAAUGGCAGUGACAUUGGUGACCAGUGCGUCCAUGUUGAGCAUAUGACUGGCGUUGCAGGCGUCGAGUCUCUCUUGUGUAAUUAG